GUUAUGCUGACCCUGGAUAAGGAUCUGACCUUUGAUGGCCUACAACAGAUGAUUCAAUCAGCUGUUGAUGUCCCUCCCAGUCGGCAGAAAAUUAGGGUCGGAUUUCCACCGAAGGAACUCAAGCCUCCAGCUGACUCGGAUUCAGAUCAACUCCUGAACCUUCAACACGGGGACAAGAUCGCUGUGGAAGUGCUGCCAGACCCUUUAUCAAAUGAAGGAAGGUCAAAGUCAUUUAGUGCAGUGUCGGCCUCUCCUGCACCAAGUGCACCGCGGCUGAGCUGGAGUCACUUUGACGAGGACACCCACCCAGCCUCGGCUGAUUCACUGUUACAGAGUCUGAAGGAUGCACAGGAUGCAAAUGACACUUUAGAUGCCAGCAUUGCAUCACUUGCCAUCAUGGCUACCAUUGCUGGGAAGGACCUUUGGACCCAAGUUCAGAGUAUGCCACAUCUGUUCUCCGUUGGGGGUCUUUUUUACAAACAGGUGGAGCGUGACCUCGGACUUGUAGAUGGUAAACACUGCCAGCUUCCGUCACUUCAGGGAAAGGUGUUCCGUUACAAUGCUAAAGAAGGUAGACUUGAGCUCUGCAUGGAGCCUUAUGGCCACUUCCCGGUAGAACCAGGCAUUGACAGAAAAAUGGCAGAAUUGAAGGAGCAAGAGGAAAAGAUAAGAUUCGGAAGCAGUGGUGCUGUGAAGCAUGACACUAAAAAACAAGCUGCAUUCUCUGGUGAGGGACAUUCCUUACAGGCCAUGAACAUCGAAAGAAUGCCUAGCAACAUCACCAACAUGGCCACCCACCAUCACCAUGGCAACCAUCACAAUACUGUUAGAAAUAUGCAGACAAUGUGUAGUCCCGUUAAGCACGAAGCUGCCAUACCAGAAGAUAUGGUAACGGAGAGUUCCAUAAAGGGAAAUAACUCUGGCGAAGACAGCAGGAAGUACCAAAGAUUGGGGCCUGGUUACAGUGUGCUGGACCCAAAUGAUACUGAUAACACCAGUCAAAGUGCGAAAUUCUUCAAGGAAAUUACAGAGAGUAUGGAAAAGUCCAUGCAAGAAAUUGAUCAAGAGAUGGAACGCCUUGAUGAGGAAGAAAAGAGACAUUUUUCUACUACGUCUGCAGAUGUGAUCACUGAAACGAGACCUGAAGCCGUUCAGUUGACUGUACAGACUGGAAACGCCGUAAGAACCAGUCCGUCUACAUUAGAACAGCCCCCAUCUGACUCAAUGCAAUCCAAUGCCUUAGAAAUUGAUAGGAACCAAGGAGAAGUUAAACUUCAGACAGACAAUUUAACUAGUGGAAGUUUGGAUGAUGACAAAAUAAACACUGAAAGUGAAAGUAGAAAUCCUGAGGAUGAAUGUGGUGAUAUAAGUGCAUCUGGAGGUUCAGAUACUUGUAGGACUCAAAUAUCUCCUACAGUGGAAAUUCCCGGUUCUGUUGUCAUGUCAGAACUUCCAUCGGAAUCCUUGGAGAUAGUGUACGAUAGAACCAGGGACUUCACAUUAACGAGUGGGGCCAGUGUCGAAACGAAUCAAAGACCAGAUGGCGAAACGUUACAGGAGGAAGGUAUGGACAGCUGUUCAACAAAACCAGAAAAUGUUGAAGGGAAACUUGAGGAGUCAAAAUCUGAUGAUAAUGUGAAGAAAAUAUAAAUAUGUCUUAAAAAUACUUACAUAAGGCAAAUGUAAGUAGUAUCUUUAUCUACAAAGUAUGACAUAGGAUCAACAGACAAGUCCAGAUGUUGAAAGCAUGUCAACCUAACGAGGAAAAAGCUGUUUGAAAUGCUGUUAGCUAGACAGUACAUAAACUAAAAAAAAAUUCAGAAUGUAUUUUGUUUAACUUUCAACAUUAUGAAAUUGUGAAAAUGCUAUAAUGUGUUGAAAUGUACAGUAUAUUAUUAUGAAAUAAUUUAAGAUUGAAAAUUUGAGAUAAUUAUGAUAUCUUGUAAAAUAAGUGCUUUAAACAGACACAGUAAAUUAAACAAACAGACCUAAAUAGUAUUUAAACCCAGCUUACAUUUGUUUUUAAUUGCAGAUGUAUGAAAUACUUUCAUUUAAUUUGAUCAAGACACAUCUGUACCAUAUUACAACAUUUAUGACGGUUUAUAGAUUUAUACAAAAUCUGACGAAGGACAUUUGAUACAAAGGUUAAAUUGUAUCCGUUUCCUACUGAACUGGCUGCUCUUUUUACGAUAUGUUACUGGAAUGUUGGAUUAGUGAAGUCAAAGGUUCUAGGUUCAAUCUAGAUUCAAGCUACUAUAAGCCAGAGGUCAGGGGGUCAAGUUUGAAUAGGGCACUAUCACAUCUGUCCACCAUUUUAUUGGUGAAAACCUACCACAGCCAGUGGUCAAUUUAUGGGUGAGAUGAUACAAUAGAUGACCAAUGAAUUUAAGUCGGAGGUUAUGUAAAGAACCUUGCAUGUAAAAAGUCCAGAACAAGUAAAUUGCUCAAGAUAAUAGAUUUGUUAUAUAUAGGCCUAUAUAUAGAUGUAUAAUGUAAUACUUAACUCUGUAUCUUUAUACAAAAUAUGUACCGGUACACCGGUGGUGUUGCUUCACAAGAAAGAUCUUGCUUAUCAAGCAAGCCUAAAAGUCAAAUUCAGAAAUGUGACUUUGCUUUUUGAAAAUGAUGAUCUAUUUCAUUUACCUGGAAAAACACACUUCAAAGAUUCAUUUUCUCUUUCCAGAUAAAGAAAAGUAAAACCACAGGGGCUUGACACAUUCUUAUGACCCACUUCAGCCCUGGGCCUACCCCUAGAUCACUAAUAAUAAUGAAAAAUUAACCCCAAGGGUCAGAACUCUAGAUCACUUAUCAUGAAACCUGAGACUAAAGUUUUCCUCUCUGUCCGUCUUGCCCAUUUGUAUGUAACGCCAAGGAUUGUUAUUCAGAGGGCAGGGGGCAGGGGGCCUGUAUUGCUAUAGCAAUACUCAAUAUCCUUGUUAAUAAUAAGUGAUAUAGGGGUUGAUUACUGUCAAGCCCCUGAGGCUAAAUCUACUGUAUGUUAUCCUCUAUAGAUAUGAUGUCUCUUGUUGUUAAUCUGGUACCAAUAACUAUAGUAAAGAAUAUCAUAAUUACGAUGGUGGUGUUCAUUUAUACUGUUCAAAAAUUAAACCAGGGUCUUUUUUUUUUUUUUAUUUAUUUGAACAUAUUUUAUUUUUGCAAAUAUACAAAAGGGAUCAGACACAAGUUUGAAAAACUUAUGGUCUGUCUCUCCCAUAAAUGUAUAAUUUGAUACGUAUAAUUUAAGUUACAAAUUUCUCGUUGCCAUAUUUUCAAAGAGUCACUUGGGCCAAAUAUUUAUGUAAUUGAUUGCUGUCAAAACGUUGGCCUGCAUUGUGUACUUUAUUAUGUAUAUUUUAACUUCUUCUAAAAAACCGAAAGACUUACAGUCAAGUUAUUGUUUAAUUAAUGUCUAAUGCUUUCUUUGGUGAAGGGUUACCAAAGUUGCUCAAAUGAAAGACAAGGCCUAGUCUGCCAGAAAUAAUGUUUGUUGUAGCUUUCUGUAGUUAGUUCAACAAAUGACCUUGACCCAUUUUCAAGGUCACAGUUUAUAUACAUAGCAGAGAUUGGAAGUCUUGGUUGAAGCAGAAAGUGCAUGGGUGUCUUGGAUGAAAAUCCAUGUCAUAUUUGUCUAAUUCUUAUACAUUUUAGUAAAUUUUUUACCAGUAAAUUUUCAGAAAUAAUCAAUUUUGUAGUAAAACAUUCAUUCCCACAUAAAAAAUGGUAUAUCUUUAAUUCACCACCUUAUUAUUAACCAAUCAGACCAUUUCUUUCAAUUCACUGCAUUCAAAUUCAAGAUUUUCUGUACUGAUGGAAAAGUAGAACUUGUGGUAAUUUUAGUACAUCUUAAAGGGACAUCACGGUAAAAACUUUUUUUUCUUUAUUGAUUGUACGUGUUUUAUUCAUUUCCGUUUAUGUUUCUAUGUUAUCCGAUAUUCACAUCAGUUUCCAGUGUCCAGCUUCACCACAUGAUUUAGUCAGGAAUCCCCUCUCAAAUUUAGCCGUGAUAAUAUCAUGUAUCUGUUUUGAAAACGAGUCAGUAAUUUUGUAAACAGGAACACAUGAUGUAUGUAGAGACACCUGUUUUUCGACAUCAGAUUUGGUUAUAGUUGUUGUAGGUGUUGUUUGAUAACUCAAAGUCAAUUUAGAAUUAUUAAAAGGUUACAUUUACUCUCAGCACUGUACCAAAUUACAUGUGUAAACAACAGGUAGAGCCAACCAUACGUACAUGUCCAUCUUGUCUGUCAGUACACACUUACCGGCAAUGUCACAGAAUAUGUGCAUCGUCCCAUCUGCUACCGGUUUAUAUGUGGCUUCGAUCAAAAUUCUAAGGAUUUCUUUUGCCCAUCUUUUAUUUUGUGAAUGACGCUAUAAAGCUUUUCAACCGCAGACAAUUUAUUUUGGAGGCCAAUUUAGUUUACAGGUGUACUGUUGAUCGGCAACGAUAGAUUUCCCUUUUAUAAUUAUUAAUUCACAUCUUAAUCUACAUAUUUCAGCGAAAUCCAAUUGUCAUUGUUCAUAAGGUAAUACAUUUGAUUUAUACAUGGAAUAAUGAUAAAAAAAAAGUUUAAAAAAAAAGUUUUACCGUGAUGUCGUUUUAAUUUGCUACAUAUGCUAAGGUAUUCAUUUAAAUAUACAUUAGCUGUAAGUAAAUGUUAUGGUAACUUGCCAUUAUAGGUGGUUCAAAGACAUGUUGACCAUAUCAUUAGAAAACUGUAUACAGCAUCAAGUAUAUAUUUAUGCAGUACCAUCUUCAUCCUUGUAUUUAAACAAGUUUAAUAUUAAAAUAGAAUGGCUUUCCCAUUGAAUACUGUGAAAAUGUUACUUGUAUAACAGAAGUUACCAUUGUUCUUGUGAAAAUGGCAUUUUUUGCAGUAUCUGUAAAAUCUAUAUGGUAUUCAAAGAAUUUUUUAAAAUGGAAACCAUUAAAUAUCGGUUAUAAGUAAUUCUUAGUUUGUUUAGCUGUUCUUCAUUGAUUUGGGACUUCUGAGGAAACUCAUUAGCCCAGUAAAGAAUGGUGAAAAUACUCUGUAUUUAUUUCAUUGUAUAGCUGUUGUUCAUGAUGUUAUGGUGACAAUUUACAUGCAAUUUAUACUGACAUGUCCUAAGCUUUUCAAAUAAAAUCAAAGAAUAAGUUUUGAAAAAAAAAAAUUUGACUGAUACUGUAUUUAUCUUGGAAUAAGCCCAGGGGGCCAACAUGUAAACCAUGACUAAUUAAAUUUAGGGCUUAUUGCAGGAUAUUGCGUUAGGGCUUAUUUGCAGGAUAUUGAAAUAGUAUCUGUUAUUAUUUUCACUGAGCUGCUAUAUACAAUGUACAUAUAUAUAUAGGUGAGUUCAUUAUUCAACAUGGGUUUAUUGCAUGAUAAAUGCAGUAUUAGUAAUCAUACAUACACAAAAUACUGAUAAUCUGCAAUUUAAGCAACUAUGAACACCAAAUGAGCUAUUAUUGAAGGUUUGCUUUCCCAUCUUUAGAAAUUAUGCCGGUUUUUGUUAGCUCCUCAACUGUGUUAAAUUACUAAAUAAUAAUUUGCAAAAUUUUUAGUUGGACUUCCUGAAAUAUAUACUAAUAUGAAUUUGUCAGGAAACAAUUCUUGGAGAUUUGUACAGUUUAUGCUGAAGUAGUGAUGGCUACAGUAAAGUAGUACACAUUUGCCAUAGUCUGAGUUUCCUCUGGCCUACUCCAACAAUGUUAGAGGUUUUACACGGCCCUGACACCAUGUCUGGUGUAGGACCCCUACACCAGACAUGGUGUCAGGGCCAGAGGAAACUCAGACUAACAUUUGCCACUGAAUGAUGUUGCUACGAUCUGUACAACUCUACGAAAUUUCGCAGGCAUUCAUAUCAAAUUGAAUGCCAUGGCCAAUUGAUUUUGUCAUCAUUAUUAUGACAUCAUAGCUGUAAUAUUGAAUGCCUAUGACUCUCUGUUCGAUGUACGUUUAUGACAUUAUAACAUCUAAUUCAUUUUCACUAAAUGCUAAAUUUUGAGGAAAUAAUUUUCUUUUAGGAUUUAUAUAUAUCAAAAGUGGUAGAUGUAAGUAAUCAGCUGCUUUCAGUUGUCAUUCAUAGUAAAUAUGAACGCUUUUAUGAGUAUGAAUAUAAUGUAAGUUUAAUCUGUAUUCAUAAAACUGCAUGGCCAUGUUGCUGGUAACACAGUUUCAAUGUAUCCAACAUUUACUCAAUCUUCGGUUGAUUUCUUUCAUUCUGGCUUUCUGUCAGAAAUUCUGUUACGCUGUAUACAUCCUAUUACAGAGCUAAGUUUGUGUAGGAAAUUACAAGUUAACAAGUUAGUAUUUAAUUUAUGGUUUGAUGUAGAAAUGCUCUUCAUCAUGUUGUGAUAACACAAUUUUGAACUGUAUGUAACAAAAUCUCACGAGACAGUUGCUCUGGUAAAGUUGUAAGAUAUGUGACAUGGUUGCCAUGGUAACGUUGUACAUGGUGACCAUUGCCUGGAUUUGUAGUGCCUGAGUGACAAUUUGUUUGAUAAUUACCAUAAAUUAUAGAUAAUGUACACAUGCUGCUAUUGUUUGCCAAUGUCAGCUUUUUAUUUCAUUAUUAAAUUAUCAAUGCAUCAGA